AUGAAGGAAGUCUUAGAAUACAAUGACAUUUGGAAGGUACAAAGUAUCAUCACUCAAGUAUUGUCAAUUUUCGAUUUAUAUGUUUUAAUUGAAGCCACCCCAGGUUCAACUCAUUAUAGAUAUUUUGGAAUAAAUUUCUUGUUUGUCUAUAGUGGAAAUAGGCAUGUUAGAAACAUGUUGCUGCUAUGUUCUGUUGUUUCAUUUGCUCUUGCAGUGUACAUGCUAGUAGUAUCCGUAAUUUUGAUGAGAGCCCUUCGAAAGGAGCUAGAACAAAGAUUUAGACCAUGGCUAACAGCUGCUAUAAUCUUUACAUCAUGGAACUUCUUUUCAAUAUUCUUCAGAUCAGUUGCUAAUGAUUUGUACUAUGGUUAUCAUCAAGCGAUGUUGAUUUUAUGGACUGUCAUGCUGAUUUGUAAUAUAUUUUUCAUCUUGGUUGUGCUUUCCAAUUUUCAAGAGUUGACUGAUAUUACAAGGCUGGAAGAUAUGGCAAGAAUGAAGAUGGGUACCAUGAGCAGUUUGAAUACUACAUCUCACAGUUUGUCUCAUUACUCAGUAAAUAUGCUGGGUGGUGCUCAGUCAAGAGCAUCAACUCCUCAUGGAUCAACAUUUGCUGCAGUCUGAAUUGCCAGUAUUCACAUUUUAAAAAUACAAAACCUAUUACCAAAAACUUGGCAUAAAUAAAUUGUAUUGCAUCAUUUGUGUGUGUGCGUGUGUGUGUUUUUUUUAGAAGCUGAAUGUGAAUUUUGCAUUUGUGAAUGCAGAAUCACCAUUAUUAUGAAAAAAAUUCACAGGAAUGAACUAUUGCAUUUAUUUAUCUGUUUAGUUUUAGCAUUUUGCCACUUUUAUCAUAAUUUCGCAUUGUCACUUUUACAAGCUUUUUAAUUGGUAAUUUUGUUUUAGUUUUUUCUAUUAAUGCAAGAUUUGAUUGUAAGUGUGAACUUAAGAAAACGUUGUCAAUCGUUUUAUCCAUUCCUUUACUAUGUUGCUUUUUUGUUUAUUCAACUUAUUUCUAAAGGUUAAAAAACUUUUUUGCAUACAUAGAACGAACAUAACAACAGUUAUGUUUAUGUUACAGAAAUUUUAGUCUAUAUCUCAAUGACAUUUCUGUUUGGCAGAUUUCGUGGUUAUUUGUUUCUCCUCUUCAUAUUUUCUUUAUUUUCUUAGAUUCUGCUGCUUAUUGUGAUAAAUUUCAUCUUAAAAUUUGCUUCAAAAAUAUCUUUAAAAUAUUGCUCCCCCAUGCCAAAAAAUUUCAACAUGAAUAGAAAAUUGUAUGUGAAGUGUUUGUUAUCUUUGCUCACAGGAAAAUAAAAGCUGAACUGAACUCCAGCUAAAAUCAGGGAACAAAAUAUUUCUCAGUUCUAGUUUACCUAAACUGCUUCCUAUUCGCAAUUAAAAUUAUUAUUAUCAUGUGUACUUAGCUUUUGAUUCAAAACUGUUCAGAAAUAAGUUUAGUUUUGCAGUAAAAAAAAAAAAGAUACUAUAUCAAAAGAAACUACUGUUUUACAGAGAAACUAUUUGGUAGGUUUUAUAAACUGUUUAAAACGUUAUGUAAAGUGUUGUUAUUAAGAUUCAUUCCACACAUCCAAUAAUGACAUAAUAGUGGUAAUAAAUUUAUUUUAUUUGUUAAAGAUGGAAAAGUGUGAGCUAAAUCCUUACAGUAUUGUAAACUCAGUUUAUGUGUUAUGAAGCUAUUAUUUCCACUUGCACUCCUGUUCUCUUAGUAUUUUUAAUAUUAUGCAAUGCAAAUAUAUUUAAAAUGUAUGAUAACAGUAAUAAAGCGAUUUAUAAAAAAUAGAUGUAUAUAUUUUUUUAACUUCACUGGUACAGGGUAAGGCGUUCGAGAAUUCAUAUUUUUGGAACCAGUUUUAUUUCUAUCGUUGAUGUAUUAAAAUAGCCGUCUUAAUAUAAAAAAAGAAUCGGACAACGUUCCAUUUUGUGCAAUGUGCAUCUCAGAUAGCGCCAUACAUGUCUUAUGUAUAUUUUAAUGUGAAUCUCUUAUUUUCCAAUUUCACGAAAUGCUGUUUUCAGUGUCAACAUUGGGAGACAAAAAAAUUCUUAUUUUUACUGUUCAAAUGUUUAAUUUUUGUAAGAGUUUUUCUGUUAUUCAUUUGGUUUAUUGCUACCUUAUUAUGUCGAUCAUAAUAUUGUGUGUUUGUUUAUGCUUCGUUAUACCAUUUCAAUUGAUUUUCUGUUACUUUUCAGCUUAUGUCAAAAAUUGAGUGUUGAAAUAAAUUUAUAUAUAUUUUGAAUUCUACAUUUUUUUCUUUUUUUUCAUUAAAAUCAGUAGUUCUCAACUUUUUUACUGCUUAGGACCACUUGGUACCUCUCCAAAUUCUAAGAGGACCACAUAGAAUAUAAAUGUAUUUACUCAACGAUUAUAUAACAUAAAAUGAAAUGAGGCUUAAAAAAUUAAAUAAUCAAAAUUGUGAUGUUUCACGAUGGUAUUUAGCUAGUUGGAUGUAAACCAGAGAAAUAAGAAAUUGCUUAUUCAAGUACUAUAAAUUUAAAGGUAUUUUUUUAAUAAAUUUAAUUACUAUAAUAAAAUUAAUUUUCACUAGCUAUUUAUGGACCACAAGAAAAUUGCUCACAUAGCACUACUGGUCUGCAGACCACAGGUUUAGAAUCACUGCAUUUGAUGAACAAUAUAUUAUUAUUAUUUAUGUUUAAAGAUUUUUGUUCGGUCUUGUUUUUUUUUGCAUUAAAUGGGGAAGCUUUUCUGAAGCUAAUCCCAGAAUUCCUACUUUUUUUAAAUUGGGGAAUUCUGGUUACAAAAACUUUUAAUUUAUUUGGCAUAAUUUUACAUUUUAACAAUACAGCAUAGAUGAAUUAAAAAUGGUUAUUCCUCUGCAGUAGCUGUUUAGAAUCUUUCUUUCUCAGAAAAAAUGCCGAGAGAAUUUCUUUUUUUUUUUUUAGCUGCAGAACAUGAGUCAGGACAAAAAAAAAAUCCUCCGGUUUUGAGGGGGGGGGGAAGCUAGAGGUUGUUUUAGACUUUUUACUAUGUGCCUUGUUCUUUCUUAAUUCUAUAUGCAUGUAGUACUUUAGCGCUUUUCGAGAUUUUAAAACCAGGACUGUUUCACCCCUGAUUUAAAAUCUCCCAAACCGUCCAUGUUACAUUCCAAAUUAGAAUUCAAACAUGUUUUCUGUAUGAAGUAGUGCUAUACCUUACAGAAACUGUAAAAGGUUGUUUUUUCUGCUGUUGUGUUAAAGUCAUGUAUUUUGUUUCUAUGUAACACUUGAGAACCGGUAUUUUUAUGUUUAUACAAAUCUGAUUUGUGAUCAUUUUUACACAGUUGUAUAUACAUAAUAUUUUUUGUAAUA